AUGGCCAAAAGGCUAUUGGUAACCUAUGCUCUUUGGGCAAGGGGUCCCAUUGGAUUCCAUCAUCUAUAAACUUGGGUCUUGAUGGCCCAUGCCUUGUUGUGAAUGCUUACUUUGGGAGAUGGAAGAUUGGGUUAGCUCUUGGAGUUCUGGAAGCUCCCCAGCUUUGUGGCACAAGCCAACCAACCCCUAGGGCAAAAGAACCAUGAAGAAUUGAUACCCACUCGAAACCCAUUAAGCUUUAUUGCCCAGAUCCUGGUGGGCAUCAAUUUUGGCUUUGUAGCCCUGAUUGGCCUCUCCUUCAUGACCAGUUUCUAUAUUGUAGGUCUUCCAUUAUCUGUUGUUUGAGGGGUAUUGGUAGUAGCCACUGUGGUCAACCAGACUUCUGACUUUAAGAGUACUUUAAGGGCAGCCUUUCUGACCUCUCCUCUUUUCUAUGGCCGCCCCAUAGCCAUUCUACUCAUUAGGCUGUCUGCCAGCAUUAUAGCACAGAGAGAGCUUCACUACAAGGCCCAAAUGGGGGCAGGGACUCUCACUCACCCAGAAACUCUGGGAUUUGCUUACCUGGCUUUCAUGGGUCCUGUAGCCUACAGCAUCUUCUGUAACAUAACUGCAACUCUCCAGUGUGUAACAGAGACCCUUGGCUCCUUCUUCCCUAGUUUCAGCCGCAUCGUGGAGUUUAUUCUUAUCUUACCUUACCAGAUCUGGCUCCUGGUGGGAAAUCCUGGUUUUGGCAGCACCUCCUUCCAGGAAUGGGAGAAGUUGUUUGAUUUUAUCAGAAGCUUUCAGGAUGAGAAACAGCAGCUAGUUUACCAAGUUUUGGGCCUUAGUGAUGGGGCAACAUUUGAUGAAAUCAAUCGGAGCUACCAGGAAUUAGUGAAGAUUUGGCACCCAGAUCACAACAGACACUAAAUAGAGGAAGCUCAAAGAUAUUGCUUAGAGAUCCAGGCUGCUUAUGAAAACUUCAGUUAG